AUGUCUGUCAAAAUUGGGAUAAACGGUUUUGGUCGCAUUGGUCGAUUAGUCCUAAGAUGCGCCGUCGAGCGAGAUGAUGUCCAGGUAGUCGCUAUCAAUGCACCGGGCAUCGCUGCCGACUAUGCUGCGUAUACAUUUAAAUACGACUCGACCCAUGGCAAAUUCAAAGGAGAGGUGCUCGACAGAGAUGGUAUGCUAAUAAUAAAUGGCAAAGAAAUUUAUUUACUCAGUGAGAGGGAUCCAUCGAAAUUAGCAUGGCACAAGUCCGGCGGUGCCGAAUACAUUGUCGAAAGCACAGGGAAAUUCACUACUCUUGAUACAGCCUCAGUCCAUUUGCACAAUGGCGUCAAGAGGGUGGUAAUCUCAGCUCCUUCUAAAGAUGCUCCUAUGUAUGUUGUUGGAGUUAACCACCGGGAGUUCACUCCAGACCAAAAAGUAAUUUCCAAUGCUUCUUGUACCACUAAUGGACUUGCUCCAUUAGCAAAAGUUAUCCAUGAUAACUUUGGCAUCCUUGAGGGGCUCAUGACAACGGUGCACUCGAUGACAAAUUCUCAAAAUGUUAUUGACGGUCAUGCCACAAGAGAUUGGAGAGGAGGACGGGGAGCAGGAAACAUUAUCCCAACAUCUACAGGAGCAGCCAAGGCUCUCGGAUCGAUUAUCCCCGACCUGAAAGGUAAAGUUACUGGUAUGUCUUUGAGAGUCCCCACUUCAGAUGUAUCUGUUGUUGAUCUGACUGUUAAAUUGGCAACCGAAACUAGUUAUGACGAGAUAAAACAAGUAAUAAAGGCGGCUACCAAGUCUGGUGAUCUUAAAGGGGUGCUAGAUUACACAGAGGACGCUUUAAUAUCUGCCGAUUUAGUCGGCGACUACCAUUCGUCAAUUUUUGAUGCUGAGGCUGGAAUACUAUUAAAUCCUACCUUUGUUAAACUUAUCACAUGGUACGAUAAUGAGUUGGGAUACAGUGCAAGAGUCGUUGAUUUAAUUGCUCAUAUCGCCGACGUUGACCGCCAGAUCGCUGAGGGAACUUACCGAGGGAAAACUGUUAAUGAGCCUCGAUAG